UUCUCUUUUUCCAUUCUUCAAUCAAUUCACUCAAACUUCAAUAUUUCGUUGUUACUUUCUCUCUCCCUUUAUAGAAAGAAAGAAAAAGAAAAACCACACACACACACACCCCAUUUCAUGUUUUUCUCCAAAAGGAUCAUCAUCAGAAGAAGGAUGAAUGGGUAAAAACAAGAAGAAACAGAGGCAGAAAAUCUAAUUCCGUGUCACUGAAUCAAAGAAAAAGGUCAACUCUUUCCUAUGCUUAACUGAAUUUCCUGUAGUUGAUUUUUGCUGUAACUGUUAUAAACCCUAGAAUUGAGCUUUUAAAAGACGUUAAAUUUUUUUCGUUGAACCAUUAUUUCUAUCAUGUCGGGAGUGAGAAGAUUUAAACCAUUGGUGUGGGUUUGGUUUCUGUUUUGUUUGUUGAGUUUGACAAAUGGAUUUGACCCUAUAGACAAUUACCUUAUAGACUGUGGAUCGAAUACUAAUACUCCGGCUGAUAAUCGUGUUUUUCGUGCUGAUAAUUCUGGUUCUCAAAUGCUUUCAACCGAUGAAAAUAUCAUAGCAAACACCACUGCGAAUUCAAUUUCGGCCAUUACCGGUGUGCGUCUAUAUCAAACAGCUAGAAUCUUUAAAGGAAUGUCUUCUUACAAGUUUCGGAUACAGAAUAAGGGUAGACAUUGGAUUAGACUGUAUUUUUAUCCUUUUGUAUAUCAAGAAUAUGACAUGAGUCUAGCAAGUUUUUCCGUUUCUGCUCAACGAAUUGUUAUCCUAAGUAAUUUCCAGCCUAAGAAAGGUUCUGUAGUGAAGGAAUUUUCGUUAAAUGUUUACUCGGAUGAACUUAUUCUUGAAUUUGCUCCUUCAGAGAAUUCCUUUGCUUUUGUAAAUGCAUUGGAAGUUGUUUCAAUCCCUGCGGAACUCAUCCCGGAUGAAGCUCAGACUUUCUCUCCUACUGGACAAUACCAGGGUUUGUCGCAACAGGUUUUGGAGACUGCUUAUAGGGUGAACAUGGGUGGACUUUUGGUUUCUCCUUCUAAUGAUACUCUUGGUCGAACUUGGUUGUCCGAUCAGGACUUUUUGGUCAACAAAAACCUGGUCAAAUCAGUGUCAAAUAUUCCUGCUGUAACAUAUGUGACUGGGGGUCCUACCCGGGAAAUUGCUCCUGACUCUGUGUAUGGUACUGCCUCAGAGAUGAACUCAGGGGGUGACCCCAACAGCAAUUUUAAUGUUACAUGGGAGUUCGAUAUGGAUACUGGUUUCCCGUAUCUGGUCCGAUUACACUUCUGUGAUAUAGUUAGUAAAGCUCUUAACCAGCUCUACUUCAAUGUGUUUGUGAACGCCUCGAUUGUCUCCCAAGAUCUGGAUCUUAGUAUUAAGAAUAACCGCCUCGGUACUCCAUAUUUUGUGGACUUCGUUACUAAAUCAAGUGUAAGCAACAAACUUAGAAUAAGUGUUGGCCGUUCUACGGUGAAAGAUGCCGAUCCUAAUGCCAUACUGAACGGGCUGGAGAUUAUGAAGAUGAACAGUUCUUUAACCGGCCUUGGUCCUGCCAUUCCUGCAACAGCACCUAAAAUGAAGGUUGGUUUAAUAGUGGGACUUGUCCUUGCAGGUGUUUUUUCCAUAGCAAUGUUGGCUUUAGUUCUCCUUUUCUUAAUGCGAACAAGAAAGGUAUCUGGACAUGACCAGAAUUCGAAAAUAUGGAUGCCAUUCUCCAUGAUUGGAGGAAACUCCCAUAGCACUGGAAGCAAGUUAUCUAACAGACCUCUUGAAAGUACUGCAUCGAAUCAAGGGUACCGGUUUCCUUUUGCUGUAAUGCAAGAUGCUACUAAUAGCUUUGAUGAAGGUUGGGUAAUUGGUGUCGGUGGUUUCGGGAAGGUUUACAAGGGAACUCUAAAAGAUGGAACAAAAGUGGCAGUAAAGAGGGGAAAUUCUAAAUCUCAACAGGGCUUGGCAGAGUUUCUCACAGAAAUUGAGAUGUUAUCACAGUUCCGUCAUCGGCAUUUAGUUGCAUUGAUUGGAUACUGUGAUGAAAGAAAUGAGAUGAUCCUAGUCUAUGAAUAUAUGGAAAAUGGGACUUUGAAAAAUCAUCUCUAUGGUUCAGAACUACCCAGUUUGAGUUGGAAGCAACGACUAGAUAUUUGCAUUGGAUCAGCUAGAGGACUCCAUUAUCUUCAUACUGGUAAUGCAAAGGCUAUUAUCCACCGUGACGUCAAGUCUGCAAACAUUUUACUUGAUGAAAAUUUCAUGUCGAAAGUGGCAGAUUUUGGGCUUUCGAAGGCAGGGCCAGAACUUGAUCAAACUCAUGUUAGUACGGCAGUGAAAGGGAGUUUUGGGUAUCUAGAUCCGGAGUAUUUUAGGAGGCAACAGUUGACAGAGAAGUCGGAUGUGUACUCAUUUGGAGUAGUUCUGUUUGAGGUUCUUUGUGCAAGGCCCGUGAUCGAUCCAUCACUUCCUAGGGAGCAGGUGAAUUUGGCCGAAUGGGCAACGAAAUGGCAGACAAGUGGUCAGUUGGAUCAAAUAAUUGAUCCAAAUCUUGCAGGAAAAAUUAGAGCUGAUUCCUUGAGGAAAUUUGGAGAGACAGCCGAGAAAUGUUUAGCUGAAUAUGGUGUUGAUCGACCCACUAUGGGAGAUGUGUUGUGGAAUCUUGAAUACGUACUUCAACUUCAAGAUGCAAUGGUUUCACAUGAUCCUGAUGAGGAUAGUAUAAACCGAAUUGGUGAACUUUCUCCACUGGUUCACAAUGUAAAUCUCAUGGAUAGCAAUACGAGUAUUACUGAUCAACAUCAACGGUUUGCGAAUUCAAUAGACGGUUUGGAUGACGUCUCUGAAAGUUCGAUGAGUCAAGUAUUUUCACAGAUAGUAAAAUCCGAAGGAAGGUAAUGGAAUGAAAAUAUCACAUAUUGUUUCGUAGUUUUUUCAUAUCUUUGUUGUUUUUUCUGUAUUUCGUUAUACUUAUUGGUGGUUUCCUUCCCUUGAAUCAAAUUGUGAAUAAUGCAGUUUCCACUUUUUGUCUUCUUGAUGUAUAUACGAAAUGUUAUAGUCGUCAACGUCCGUUUUAUGAUUCAUCUUGAGUAAUAGUAUUUGUAUGGUUUUCUUCAAGUUUGAAUUAUUCUGAUUAC